AUGACAAGUUCUCCUGCACCAAAAUAUCAAAACAUGGAAAAUGAAAAAAAGAAUUCCAUUGAUGAUCAAAGUAUACAUGGUCAAGAUAAUCCAGUAUUUUCAACAGAUGAUAUUAAUGUUGCUAUUAAACAAUUUAAUAAACCUUCAAAGUAUAAAAAUAAUUUACAUGUAACAUUUCGUAAAGAUAGUUUAACAGUUGAUAUUAAUCCACAUCGUAAUUCUUCAGAAUCAUCAGAUGAUAAUCAAAAUGAACAAUCAUCAUAUGAAGAAGUAGCUGCCAAUGUUUCGAAUAAAGAUGAUUCAAAUAUGUUAGUUUUAACAUUUCGUUCAUGGUUUUUGGGACUUGCAUUUACUUGUAUUUUAUCAUUUGUCAAUCAAUUUUUUUUCUAUAGAACAUCACCAUUAAUUAUUGGUGUACUUGUUGCUCAAUUACUUUCACAUCUACUUGGUAAACUCAUGGAAAAAAUAUUACCACGUAGAAAAUUUAAAAUUUUUCGAUGGAAUUUUACUUUUAAUCCAGGUCCAUUUACUGUUAAAGAACAUUGUAUUAUUACAACAAUGGCUGCUACUGGAGCUGGUACAGCUUAUGCAAUUGAUGUCAUUACUAUUCAAAGAUUAUUUUAUAAACGAACAAUAAAUACUGCGAUUGGCAUUAUUUUUGUUAUAACAUCUCAAGUUCUAGGAUAUGGGAUGGCUGGUAUAAUGAGAAAAUUUCUUGUUUGGCCAGCAGCUAUGAUAUGGCCAGCAAAUCUUGUUAAUUGUGCACUUUUUCGAACUUUACAUAAUGAUAAAGACAAUGGUGAUGAUAAUGAAAAAUCACGUUGGAAAAUGUCUCGUUUAAAAUUUUUCUUCUUAGCAUUUCUUUUUCAAUUUUUAUGGUAUUGGUUUCCUGGUUAUAUUUUUCCAGUUUUAUCACUUUUCUCUUGGAUCUGUAUGAUUAAACCUAAUAAUGUUAUUCUUUCACAACUUACUGGUAUUAAUGGAUUAGGUAUUGGUUCAAUUGAAUUAGAUUGGAAUGCAUGGGUAUCAUUUCUUGGUUCACCUAUUGUUGUACCAUUUUGGGCUCAAGUUAAUAUUCUCGUUGGUUUUGUUGUCUUAGCAUGGAUAAUAGCACCAGCAACAUAUUAUAGCAAUCUAUGGAAUUCAAAAGCUUUACCAAUUGUUAGUGUUCGAGUGUUUACUGCGGAUGGAUAUCUUUAUAAUAUUUCUGCUGUACUCAAUUCAAACCUUCGUUUAAAUGAAACUGCCUAUAAACAAUAUGGUGAAAUUCGAAUGACACCAAUUUUUGCUUUUGCUUAUGGUAUAUCAUUUGCUGCAAUUGCUGCAGUUAUUGUUCACACUGUACUUUAUCAAGGUAAAACAAUUAUAAAACAAUUUCGCUCAUCUUUAAAAGACAAUAAUGGAGAUAUUCAUGCUAAACUUAUGUCUCAUUAUGAAGAAGCUCCGGAAUGGUGGUAUACUAUUCUGUUUGGUGUGGCAUUUAUUUUAGCAGCUAUUGUUUGUCAUUAUGGUGGAUUAAUGCCAUGGUAUUAUCUUUUUGUUGCUGUUGCUAUUGCAUUUAUUUUUCUCUUACCGACGGGUAUUGUUCAAGCUGUAACAAAUCAAUCAAUUGGACUUAAUGUUAUUACUGAAUUCGUAGCUGGUGUAGCAAUGCCUGGUGAUCCAUUGGCAAAUGUUACAUUUAAAACAUAUGGAUAUAUUACUCAAUAUCAAUCAUUAUUACUUAUAUCUGAUUUAAAACUAGGUCAUUAUAUGAAAAUUCCUCCUCGUGCAAUGUUUAUUACUCAAUUAACGGGUACAAUUAUUGCUGGAAUAAUAAAUUUUUUUACAGCGAAUUAUUUAAUGAAUACUAUUCCAAAUAUUUGUACUCAAGACAAUCCAAGUUGGACAUGUCCAAAUGCUAAUACAUUUUUUAGUGCAUCGAUUAUUUGGGGAGCUAUUGGUCCAAUAAAAAUGUUUGGUAAAGGAGCAACUUAUUCUUGUCUUCUUUAUGGUUUUCUUAUUGGUGCUGUUCUUCCAAUAUUAGGAUGGCUUCUCGUGAAAAAAUUUCCUAAUAUUACAUGGUUAAAACAUAUUCAUUUUCCUAUUAUGUUAUCAGCUACAGCAAUAAUGCCACCUGCUCCACCAGGUAAUUAUCCAUCAUGGUUAUUAGUUGGUUUUAUAUUUAAUUUUAUUCUUGCACGUUAUGCACAUACAUGGUGGAAACGAUAUGCAUAUGUAUUUUCAGCUGCUAUGGAUAGUGGUGUUGCUAUUGGUGUACUUAUUAUUUUUUUUGCAUUACAAAAUAAUCAAAUAGAAUUUCCAACAUGGUGGGGAACUGGUGGAGAAACAGGAGAUGGUUGUCCACUUUCACAUGCAAAUUAUUAUGGAGUUAUGCCAAGACAUCGACCAAUUAUAAAUACUAAAUAA